CUCCUUCGUUCGCUUGCUUAUCCUGACCCUGAUCGGUUUGCCCACCAUCGCACCUCAACAAUCUCAACGAUAAACGCGGACACUGGUUCCAAAAUGCAGUCAGUUUCACUCAGGCCAGCACUGCCCAACGAAAUCAUUCUUCUCAUCAUGGAGAGUCUAUUGGUAGUCCGUGGUCUCUUACUACACCCUUCGGAUGAGCUAGCCCGGAGGAACCGCAACAAAUAUUGUGUCAAGGCUCUUCAUGCUCUUGCGCUUACUUGUCGGCGGUUUAAUCAGAUGGUCACGCCAUUGCUCUACGAAUCAUUUAUCCACCCGCGAGAUGACUGGGGUGCCUUGGCCAAAUUUGCGCAGACACUACUGGACAAUCCUUCACUACGUGACCAUGUACAGUACGUUGAGUGUCACGUGCGUCCCAGACGAGGUGGAGUGCCGACAAGAGUUUGGUCCAUGCACAUGCCGUAUUUCCCUCAAAAGCUGUUCCUGGAAGUCGUGAAAGCAAUUGGCCGUUCCGAACUUGAAGAUGAAGUUAGCAAACCCAUGCGCGAUAUAAGAAAGCAUGCGGCUAUUUUUACUGCUGUCAUCUUGCUUACCAGAAAUGUUACCCAUGUGCAAAUGGACAGCGGUGUAAAUUUCAUCACUGAUUAUGCAUGGAGCCAUCCGUCAUUAAAAAAUCUCACGAUGCAAAGGCUUUACGACGUGCGUGCGUCGAGAGCCGCGACACCGAUCACUUCACAGACACUGGUUCCUGCUCCGGGUAUGAGUGACGCGGUCUGGCCUGACUACGGGAAUUACAUCAUAGAGGAGAUGGCAGUCCAUUACUGCGAUAUGGCGCCCGAGAUACUCAAUAGCAGCAUUUUCCGGGGCCUAGAAAUAGGCUCUAUAGUUCGUCUCAAGCGAUUCGCCUGUCGAUGGCACAAAGUUCCAAACUGCCAAAUGGACUAUGAAGGCAACAUUAAUCUGCAAAGUCUCUCCGAUAGCCUAAGCGCUUUCCAAACUACCCUAGAAACUUUGAUUCUCGAUACCACCGAAUCUGAAUGGCUUGUUUCUCUCGAUGAAGUGAUACCUACCAUUGGAAGUUUACGGCGGUUUAUUGUCCUCAAGCACAUUGAUGUUUCCGGUCUAGCUCUGUGGAGCGACGACCCUGGGACGGAAAACGCUCCUCUUGCAGCCAUCUUACCUGCGUCUUUGCAGACUUUGGUUGUACAUGUGGAAUGGGACGAUGAAAUAGAGGGGUACCUUAUGGAGUUCUCCAGGGACUGCGGUGCCAAUUUUCCACGCCUGAGGAAUAUUACUAUUGAGUGCACAGGGGGAUCAGCGCCGACGCAAGAUAAUGAUUUGUUGACAGGUCUGUUCGCAAUGGAGAAAGUGCAAUUGGUUUUGAGGAACGAUCCAAGGUCGUGA